UUCAUUAUUGGUUAACGAAAUAUAAAAUUUUGUGAUAUUAGAAAUGUUUGAUUGUUAAACUUUUGCAAACGUCAAAAAAGUCUUUUGCCACGUUGCAUAUAUGGUUGCAAAGAAGUACAAAGCAUUCAUAUUAGUCUGUCUGUUCUACCAAAACCGUGUAACAAUAUCAUCAAAAAUUAAUAACAACCAAAUUGGAUAAUUAUUUUCUUAAAAAACUAAUACCAUUUAUCAACUAUGAUCAGAAGUACAAUCAUCUUCUUAUUAAUUUCAUGGGUCCAGGGAGAAAAUCUUCAACUAAAUGAUUUUUUACUAAUUGAACUAGUAAAAUCCUUUAAUGAAGCAGAGAAUUAUAUGACAAGAGAAGCUUCAGGUGAAGAUGCAGCAAUUGUCCUAGGCAUGGUACACACAGGGAAAAGUUCAUUAAUUAAUUACUUAAUUGGCAAUAAAUUAAAGGGUGUGAAAUUGUCUAAAUAUGAUGAAUUUAAAAUAAUGCAAGAUGAAAAUCGAUCCAAAGGACCGGAAAUUGGUUUUGGAUUAACGCCAGAAACUACAAUUCCUACAAAAUGGAUAUCAGAUAAAUUGCCUGGUUUGAGCAUUUUUGAUUUUCCUGGAUAUAGUGACUUUAGAGAAUCAUUACAAGAAAUCACUAAUUCUUUUUAUCUCUAUCAUUUGGCAAAAAAAGUAAAAUCUUUAAAAUUUAUUUUAGUUAUUAAUUUUUUCGACAUUGCUAGGCAAGAUGUGAAUCCAUUGCUAAAAUCAUUGCAGUAUGCUAAGAAGUUAUUUGGAAAUAAGUUCGAAAUGUUUUUUCCAAGUAUUUCAGUGAUUUUCUCAAAAGUACCCAGAGUACACGAUAACAACGCAGUUGACAUGGAAAUGAUUGAACAUUAUUUGAAAGAAAAAUCCAACGUUCCAAAAGGAGCAUCCAAUAAUAUAAAAAGUUUUCUCAAUUAUAUCAUAAAAAAUAAUGAUCGUAUUGGACUAUUCCGAAAGCCUGAAAAUAAUGAAACUAUUACAUCUGAUACUGACUUUGAAAUUUUUUCGGCCAUUAGAAACUCCAGAAGCGUACAGAGAAAUUAUCUCCAGUAUGUGCUUCCAAGUAUUUCAGAUCCUACUAUAGUUUUCCUGCGCACAGUCCCUCACUUCUUAAAUAUAGAAAUAAGGAAAAUAGCGCAAUCAUUAUAUGAAAUAUUCAAAAAAGAAUUAGUAAAAAAUCAAGAUGAUGAAGCAAUUCCAAAGAUUCAAGCAAACUUAAACUACAUUGAAGAUCUACUAUACAAUUCUGUUAGAAAUGAAACUAAUAUUUACGAAAAUACUAAAAUUAUUGAAAAAAUUGGUAUUAAAUUGAAGAAGAAGAUUGAUGACAGUAAUUUGUUAACAAAGGUUGAAAUGUUUACGCUUUUUUCCGAUAUCUUAAAGUUGAAUGUCAAUAAAAUAUUGCAUGAAAUUUCUAGGAAUCUAAUCCUAAUUUUACGUAAUGAAGUUAGGAAUGCAAAGAAUGAAUUUUUAACCCUCACAGCAACGGAGAUUCCAGAACUUACUACUACCAUUACAGAGAAUCCUACGGAGAACACAAAACAAUCUACAGAUAUUACAGAAGAUCCUGAGGAUAUUACAGAAGAUCCUGAGGAUAUUACAGAAGAUCCUGAGGACAUUACAGAAGAUCCUGAGGACAUUACAGAAAAUUUUACGGAGGACACAGAACAAUCUACGGAUGUUAUUGAAGGUUUUGAGGAAAUUACAGAAAAUGUAAUGGAGAACACAAAACAAUCUACGGUUGUUACAGAAAAUUCCUCUAACAUUACAGAAGAUUCUACUGACAUUGUAAAAAAUUCUACAGAGAUUCCAGAAUAUCUUGCAAAUAAUCCGUAACAUCCGUGCUACUCCUUAACAUUAUUUUAUUUUAUUAACAUGUUUUUACGGAUCCAAACAUGAUGCAAUAAUUAUCAUCUGAACACGAAAACGUCUUUGUUCUGGAAACGUUUCUUUAAAGUUUUUAGAUCGUUACAUGUUCGCUACAUAAUGGCUUAAGAACGUCCGUUAUUCUAAAAACGUUUUUAGAACAUAAAACGUUCUUAAGAUGUUAUGUGGAGAACAUGAAAGGUUCUAAAAACGUUUUAGGAACGUUUUUAGAACAAAGACGUUGCCGUGCCCACAGGGUAUGUUUCCAAUAAUUAUUAUUAUUUUUAAUUAUAACUUUUUAAUUCUGAUUAAGGUCCACCUCCAUAACUGUUUUAACCAGAGUUUAAGUCGUUAAACUGGAUCUAACUACAUUACUAUAAACCAAGUUCACCAAAUUAAACUCCCGUUAAAAGAAGUUGUCGAACCGGACCUUAGUCUUUAAAUUUUCCAAUACAAUCUCACUUACAAUGGUUUUACGAAUUAUUAAAAAAAAUAAGCAUUGUUUGAAAAUACAAUUUUUAAUUUUACUUUAAAGUUUUUGUAUAUUACAUGAAGAUAAACAAAGAUUUAAAAUUAUUUAGAAAGUUUUGUAAUGUUUUAUUUUAACGUUUUCUUAUUUAUUUCCUCAGAAAUAUGUCAACAUAGAUAAACGUAAAAAUCACAUGUUAUACAAACUUUAAAAAAAUGUGUAUUAGAAAUAGAAAUUAUUAAUAAAAAUGUUUGCCCAUAAAAUUGUUA